CUUUGGUCCCUUGAAGAAGCUCGUCAUCUCGUCGGCUAUGAGCAACGGCUUUAGUGGGCUUCCCGGGCUUCUUCGCAUCUAGUCUCGUAAGCUGAUGGCUCUAUUCGAUGGGAGGGCGACUGCGGUGGAGGUGAUGGAUGGGAUCCGCCUGGAUUCCAAGGUCGCCAUCGUCACAGGUGCCAAUGGAGGUAUUGGAUUUGAGACCGUGAGAGCUCUCGCGAUCAAAGGCGCCCAUGUCAUUCUCGCUUGCCGGAAUCUAAAGUCCGCGGAGGCUGCAAAAGCUUCCAUUUUGAGAGAGGAGCCGGACGUCCAGCUCACUGUUCUUCGCCUGGAUCUCAGCUCUCUUGCCUCGGUUCGUGAGUUUGUGGAGGAGUUUAAGUCUCUCAAGCUUCCUUUGCAUAUCCUCAUCAACAAUGCAGGUCUAGCGUCCAGCGAGUUCAUGCUCACGGUGGAUAACUUGGAAGUCACAUUUGCGACAAACCAUGUUGGACACUUUCUUCUCACGAACUUGCUCCUCGACUUGAUGAUCAGUACUGCCUUGGAGAGCAACAGUGAGGGGCGGAUCGUGAUAGUCGCGUCGAGACAACACGAGAGUGCCAGAGGCAUCAAUUUUGACAGCCUUCACAAGAAAAGCUGGCUGCAGUCCUUGCCGCUCGUAAAGAGCUACCACGGGUUGUGCUCGGUGUACGCUCAAUCCAAGCUCGCCAACGUUUUACACGCGAAGGAGCUCGCACGUCUUCUCAAGGAACGGGGAGCGAAUGUAACAGUGAACUCUUUGCAUCCCGGAGUGAUUCACACAAACAUUGUUCGCAACUUCUUCAAGCCCGCCGAGUAUAUGUAUAACGCGUUCCCUCGAAUGUUUAAAACCAUGGAACAGGGAGCAGCGACUACUUGUUAUGUGGCGGCUCAUCCAGAUUUAAAUGGCGUCUCCGGGAAAUACUUCGUGGAUUGCAAAGAAGCUCCUUGUAGCCAAUAUGCCAACGAUCCAGAGCUCGCGGAACAUCUCUGGAAGUACAGCGAGGAACUCGUGAGAUCCUAGCCGUCGCGCACGAGCAUGCGUGUCACCAUCUUGAGAUGCCAUCUGGCAAGCUCAUCCACCGCGUCAGCCCUAACUGCUACCACGUGGCCCCGAGCUCCACGUGCUAUUUUUUGGAUAAGGGCGCCAGGAUAAAGUAAGGGGGAUAUUCCCAGCGCUCUAUUUUAA